UUCUCAAAUCCACAGAUAUAGAGAGAGAAACAAGAGAGAGAGUGUGCGCUGUCAUUUUGUUCCAAAAGGAUAAUUGAAGUUGAAGUAGAUUCAGACAGUUUUUUGGAACCCAAAAGAACAAAAAAAAAAAAAAAAGGUAAAUCAAAAGAUGGGGUAGACAAAGUUGGAUUCUUUUUGGUUUCUUUCUUUCCCAUGUAUAUCUUUGUUUUUUUCAUUUGAUUUUAGUUUUUCCCCCAGACACCAGCCAUGGCUCUUCCUCUGAAACCUUCUUGAGCCAAAGGCUGUAUCAAGCUCAAAACAAUCAUCAGUCAGGGUGACAUAUUCUGAAGGUAGUUUGAUCUUUGAAGAAAGUACCUUAUUCUUGAGAAUUCUUAAGAUUAUGGAAGCUUCUUCAGGUGUUGAUUAUGCUGACACAAACAUGAGCAUUAGCAAAGGUUCUUUCUGACCCAUUGCCAUGGGUAAAGAAUUCAAAGUUUCAAAUUGCUGGAGUUGUUAGCAGUCCUGUUUGUGAGAUUUGGAAAUUGAAUUUACAGUAUUAGGUGCAUUAUUUCUAUAUGAUGUUAAGUGUCUUUCCAGAACUGUGGCUUUACAGUGAAUCCAUGCAUUUAACUUUACAAAUGAGACUUUGAUUAGACAACCAAGGAUGCAGAAACAUCAAUACAAUUCCAUGGAACCUCGAAAUGAGGAAUUCCAUUCUGCACCACAGUUGGUCCCGCAAGACCUUCGUGAUGGCAUGCAUAUCAAUGCACGACCUCCGCCAUUUAAUAUGUCAGAAAAUAAACCUGUACUUAAUUACUCCAUACAGACUGGUGAGGAAUUUGCUCUCGAGUUUAUGAGAGAUAGGGUGAAUCUCAGGAAGCCUGCCUUUCCAAAUGUUGUGGGUGAUCCCAAUUAUUCAACAGGCUAUAUGGAAUUGAAAGGCAUUUUGGGCCACCCUGGAUCAGAGAGUGGAUCAGAUAUUUCUGUGCUCACAAAGGUUGAAAAGGGUCCAAAAGAGUUUGACAGAAGGAACUCUUCUCAACACCAGGACAGAAGUAAUUAUGGUUCAGCUCAAUCCAUUCCUAGAUCUUCAUCUAAUCAAGACAGUUACCGAGUUCUUCAUGGUACUUCCUCUUCUAGUGUUUCUGAAAGCGCAUCAAUGAAGAUGAAGGUUCUAUGCAGCUUUGGCGGUAAAAUAUUGCCACGGCCUAGUGAUGGAAAGCUUAGAUAUGUUGGGGGUGAAACGCGUAUUAUUAGUAUAAGACGGGACAUACGUUUUCAUGAGCUUAUGCUUAAAACAUCAUCCAUCUAUAAUGAAACUCAUGUGAUAAAGUAUCAGCUCCCUGGAGAAGAUCUUGAUGCAUUGGUUUCAGUAUCUUCUGAUGAGGAUCUGCGGAAUAUGAUGGAGGAAUGUCAUGAUCUACAAGGCGGCCGAGAAUCAAAUAAGCUUAGGAUUUUUCUGUUAUCUAUGAAUGAUUUGGAUGAUACUCAGUUCGGUAUAGGUAGCAUGGAUGGUGAUUCUGAAAUUCAGUAUGUCGUUGCUGUUAAUGGUAUGGGCAUGGGUUCAAGAAACAACUCAAUCCUUCGUGGUGAAAGUGGCUCUACUAAUAACUUACAUGAAUUGAAUGGACACAAUAAUGAGAGGGAGACCAACAGAGUUCUCAUGGACACAUUUGGUGUUAGCAGUUCAUCCUUGACUGACAAUGUUAAACCAUCACUGGCUAUUCAAUCUUCACAACCAGUGCUUCCAAUCUCCUCUAAUGCUUAUGAAACCCAUCCAUUGUUUUAUGAUGAGCAGAUUAUUCACCACGGGGAAGCUAGUCAUUAUCCACUACAGCAUGGCCUUGGUCCUUCUAACAACUCCGCUCACAAUCUUGAAGAGAUUCCAGUUUCUAUGCCAACUCAUGGCCUUGUCAACCAAGGAAUCAUGAAUGAUGGACAAGCAUCCAGUCAGUUGCAGGUACAAAUUUCAGCUAUGCCAGAAACGCUGGUGAAAAGAAAGGGUGAUAAUUUCAUUCAUACAGGCAAUGACCCAGGAAAAGUUUUCCCCUUGGAAGCACCAUAUCCUAUUCCUUUGCAGCCAUUUGAGGGCAAUUUGCAUGCUAAUAUAUCAGAUGCUUCAGCUACAGCUGCUAUAUCAGAAGGGCUUCAUCCUGCAUUACCAUCAAAGAACAAGGGUAAGCACCAGCAGUCUGAAGAUGCCUCUUCAUUAAUUAGUAGUAUGAAUCCCACACAGACUCCCAAGUCUGUUGAAGAUGACUUCUUUACUACAGCCACUGAUGCAUUCAGCCAUGCUCAUGUUGAUGCCGAGUCCAAUGUAAUUGAUUUCAGUUACCUUGAACCACCUCCACUUCCCAACAGAGUCUAUUAUUCAGAGAGAAUUCCAAGGGAGCAGGCAGAUUUGCUGAACCGAUCUACAAAGUCAGAUGAUGCUCAUGGUUCUCACUUACUCAUGUCAGAUUUGCUUUCUGACUUCAGCCAGAAAAAUUCAAUUACAGAAUCCACUGACAUGUUGCACAAUGGGAAUACAUCAAAUCUGAACAUGAUGUCCAGCUCAGCAGGAAAGCCUUUGCAAGCAGAUGGCCAUACCAUUGAUGAUGGAUUUGCCCCGCCACAGACAUACAAACAGUUGCCUGAUACAACAAUUAAGGUGAAUCCAAAGUUAUCACAGCAUGUGAAUUCUGAGUCGAAGCAAGUGCUAGAAGAUAAUAAAGUUUCUAGAAAUGAGGAUCAGGUUCUUAGUUCUGAAAACGAAACCAAAGGCACCGAACAUCUUGCAUUUCAUCAAGUUCCUUCUGUUGAACAAAAUCAGAAUCUAGCAUCUAAACUUCCAGACCUCAAUUUGGCUGAGGUUUCUACCAGGGAGUCUGAUAAUGAUACUAAGGUCCAAUCCCAGACUUUUCCUUUAACUGGAAACACAGGCCAAGAUGUUUCUCAAGAUUUUCCCCCAGAAGCUAAAUCCAGACCUACUCAGGGUGACAUUCUGAUUGAUAUCGAGGACAGGUUUCCCCGUGAUUUCCUUUAUGACAUGUUCUCCAAAGCAAUAAUUUCUGAAGAUUCCUCAAGCAUUGGUCCAUUACCAACAGAUAGAGCAGGUUUGAGCUUAAAUAUGGACAAUCAUGAGCCUAAACGUUGGUCAUAUUUUCAGAACUUGGCUCUAGAGGGGUUUGAUAAUGUAUCUCUAAUUGAUCAGGAUAAUCUUGGUUUUUCGUCUGCUGUGAGAAAAGUACAAGAGGGGGAUAGUAAAUCUCAGCCAUCUGCUCCUCAACCAGCUGGUGGUGUUUUGGCAGGACGCACAGAUUCCCACCUAAAUAUUGGUGAAGAAAAUCAGAAAAAUGUACCUGUAGCAACUAAAACAGAAGCAAGUAUCUUUCACCAAAAAUAUGAGCAUUCCCAACUAAAGGGCAAUGAAAAUAAGAACAUGGAUGCCAUAAUGGAAAACAUACGACCACAGGAGUCUGAAUACCAGGAUGACAAGAAUGAACCGAGGAAUGUGGUUGUAGCAGGGGAAUUUGACACCAGUACUGUGCAGUUCAUAAAGAAUGAAGAUCUUGAAGAGUUGCGAGAGCUGGGUUCUGGUACAUUUGGGACUGUGUACCAUGGAAAAUGGAGAGGAUCAGAUGUUGCAAUUAAAAGAAUAAAGAAAAGCUGCUUCGCUGGUCGAUCUUCAGAACAAGAAAGAUUGACCAUAGAGUUCUGGCGGGAAGCUGACAUACUUUCCAAGCUUCACCAUCCAAAUGUGGUGGCAUUUUAUGGUGUAGUUCAGGAUGGACCAGGAGCAACAUUAGCGACUGUUACCGAGUUCAUGGUGGAUGGUUCUCUUAGGAAUGUUUUGCUUCGUAAGGAUAGGUAUCUUGAUCGCCGCAAGAGGCUGAUAAUUGCCAUGGAUGCUGCUUUCGGAAUGGAAUAUUUACACUCAAAAAAUAUUGUGCAUUUUGACUUGAAAUGUGACAAUUUGCUCGUGAACUUGAAGGAUCCUAUACGGCCAAUAUGCAAGGUUGGCGAUUUUGGCCUAUCAAAGAUUAAGCGAAAUACCUUGGUGUCUGGUGGUGUUCGUGGAACUCUACCUUGGAUGGCACCAGAGCUGCUAAAUGGUAGUAGCAAUAAGGUCUCAGAAAAGGUUGAUGUGUUCUCUUUUGGCAUUGUCUUAUGGGAGAUUCUUACUGGUGAUGAGCCAUAUGCUAAUAUGCACUAUGGCGCAAUCAUAGGAGGCAUUGUGAAUAACACAUUAAGACCUACAAUCCCUAGUUAUUGUGAUCUUGAGUGGAAAACACUAAUGGAGCAGUGUUGGGCACCUAAUCCAGCAGUAAGGCCAUCCUUUGCCGAAAUUGCUCGCCGCUUGCGUGUGAUGUCUGCAGCCGCUAGUCAGAUCAAAGGACAGGGCCACAAGGCAUCUAAAUGAAAACCAGCGGAUUUGAUCUGAUUGCCACACACGGUUCAUUCAAUUAUGCUCCAAAAAAGAUAUAUAUUAUUGUUAUACAAGGGCCAACAAUAGUUGUUUGUAUUGUAGUUUUCUGGCCCCUGCUCUUUUUGUAUUUGAUUGUGAAUAUGUAUAUGUGUGCAUGUGAAAAACCACAUAAAUAGGCUGUGCAAAUUAACAUUUGGACUUAAUGCUAUUUCCAAAGUGAAUUUUGGACGA